AUGUCAAAUCUUAAAUAAGUAAAAAACAUCGAUUUAGAAAACUAAAUUAACCCAUAAACAAUAGAUAUUUCCUUUAAGAAUUUGUAAUACUAUGCUAAUACCAAAACUGGUAAAAAAUGUAUUCUUAAUGGAGUUGAUGGUGUCUUUAAAAGUGGAUAAAUAAGUGCUAUUUUAGGUCCAUCAGGUUCUGGAAAAACUUCUUUGCUAAAUUUAUUAUGUCACAGAAUAAAAAAGACUAAUAAAGUUGAUUUUUCUGGAGAAAUUUGCGCUAAUAAUAUCUCAUAUAAUUCUAAAUAAUUCUCAAAUUUUGCUUCUUACGUUAUGUAAGAUGACAUAUUAAUGGAAACAAUGACUGUUAAAGAGUGCUUUUAGUUCGCAGCUAAACUUAAAACUGCUGGAACUUAAGAAUAAAAGGAAGCUUUGGUUCAUGAAACCAUAAGAAGCUUAAAGCUUGAGAAAUGUCAAGAUAAUUUUAUUGGUGGUCUUUUUGUUAAAGGUAUAUCUGGAGGAGAAAGAAAAAGAACUUCUAUAGGUUUUGAACUUAUCAGUAAUCCUGCUUGUAUCUUCUUGGAUGAACCAACUUCUGGUUUAGAUAGCUUUACUGCUUACAGUUUAAUACAUUUGCUUAAGCAAUUUGCCUAAAAUAAAAAUAAAACUGUUAUUUUCACUAUUCACUAGCCUUCCUUUGAUAUUUGGAAUUUGUUUGACCAUGUUAUAUUAAUGCAAUAAGGGUCAUUCAUAUACUAAGGCCCUGGAAAUAAUAAAAUUAUAGAAUACUUCUCUAGUUUAGGAUAUAAGUGCCCUAUAAAAUCUAACCCUGCAGAUUAUUUGAUGAAAAUUAUGAGCUAAACAAUCGACAACAAAAUUGAUAACAGUUAGUUUUACCUUGAAAACUACAAUAACAAGCUUAAACCAAUAAUUAGUGAGAUGAUUCAAAAUUCUAAUCAUGGUAUUUAAAUACCUGAUAGUCAUUAUCAGACAACCUUUUGGUUUUAAACAAAAGAAAUAGCAAAAAGAUAACUAAAAAUAUUUAAAAGAAACCCGCUUGUUUUCAAGGCAAGAUUCUUUUAAAGUAUCUUUAUAGGUCUACUAUUUGGUGCAAUUUACUGGUAAAUACCAGGGCCAUACGAUAACCCAACACAAAGAGACAUCAAUGAUAGAAAUGGCUUAUUAUUCUUCUGGACUACUGCUAUGUUUAUGAUGAAUUUAAAGCCCUCUAUAUUAACAUUUCCAGCUUAAAGGGCUGUGUUUUUGAGAGAAGAAAACUCUAAAUUCUAUACAGUUGGCCCCUAUUUUUUAGCAAAGACUUUAGUUGAUAUCAUUCCAGCCAUUAUUUUCCCAAUUAUUUGCUCUUUGGUUAUAUAUUGGAUGGCUAAUUUAAAUCAUUAAGAUGCAGGAACUGUCUUCUUCUUCUUACUUACUUGCUGUGUUUAAGCCUUAACUGGAUUAGCUUUAGGAUUUUUUGGUGGUAGUGCUUUUAGUAACCCAAAAACUGCUUCAGCAUUAACACCUCUGCUAAUGAUGCCUUUAAGUUUAUUCUCAGGUUUCUAUAAAAAUUCAUCUGACUUUGCUGCUUGGAUAGGAUGGAUUUAAUACUUGUCACCUUUUAAAUAUUGUUUUAGUGCUUUAGCUUAAAAUGAAUAUUCAUAUGAUGGAAUUGAGUAUCCAUUCAAUCCUAUAAAAUAACUUUCAUUUAAUUUAAGUAAAUGGGAGUCUAUAAUAGUUUUGGCUAGUCUCUUCGUUUUAUUCAUAACUCUUGCUUUUAUUUUGCUAUCUACUCUUAAAAAAAGGUUACAAUGA